AUGCACAAAUGGGCUUACUGCUAUUGGACAUCAACAGAAGCCAAUACCAAUAUAUCAUUGGAAAAUUUUCAUAGAGUGUUGAAAACAAUUUAUUUCCAUAGGAAAAGAAACAAGAGGGUUGAUCACCUACUUAGUGUCCUCUUGAAGAUUGCCAGAGACAAAGCUUAUGAGGCAUGGGAAAAGCUUGAGAAAGGAAAACGUACCAGCAAAAUUGGGGAUAUCGACAAACGCCAUAAGACUUCUUUAGAACUUUCCUUGAAAGAAGUUUCUGCUGCUAAUGCCACACAAUGGAUUUUUCCAUCUACUGCAAAUGAAAACCAACUGAAGCAUUCGGUUAUAAAAAAUGACUUUUAUUGUGAAUGCAAAAUGAAAUGCAGCAGUUGCAAAGUAUGCGUUCAUCAAUACUCUUGUUCCUGUGCAGAUUAUGCAAUCCAUUCAGUGCCUUGCAAACACAUAAAUGCCAUACAUUCAAAUUUUUUCGAAAAUUAUAAGCAGGGCGUUCAAAACUAUGGAGCCGAAGAAGAUGAAGAUGUGACUGAAAAACGACAAUAUUUUCAACAUCAGUUAAACAAAACAGAUAAAAUAACAGAUUUGGCUUUUACCAAAAAGUCUAUUCAAGGAAAAAUGAAUAUUUUGUCCAGCAAAGUAGAAAUUUGUUCUGUUCCAGAUGCUCUAGAAGCUGCACAUGAGCAUCUUAAGAACGCUAUUGCUGUCCUGGAUGGAAUUUCAAGUCUAAAUUCUAACCAACAAAGUUUGCGACAGGCAGAGGUGUUCCCUCAUAAUAAACAUUUUGAAAAGCAGAGAAAAUUUUAUAGCACAAAACAGAAGGCAACAAAAAAGAAAAGAACAUUAACGAAGCCAAGUAUUGAGGAUACUAAUAAUGUGAAGGAAAAUUUAAAGCAACAAGAGGUACGUUUGUGUGGAAUUUAUUUCCGUGAAAACGAUACAACGAACGAAGGAAUGGUAGACUGGGUGGAGCGCUCUAGUUGUGAAGUAUGGAUACACUGUGCCUGUGACAAACAAAAUGUGAACUCAGAAGAAUAUUGCUGCCCACUCUGCAAAUAG